AUGGAUCCAGUCUCUACCCCUCCACAACAAUCUUCACAAAGCUCUCAUCCACAAAUCAAUGACAUUAGGGGCACUACACCAGUAGAUACUCCUCCGCAAGCAACGUUGGAUACAAUUAAUUGUAAUGAACCAGGAAAUAGAUCUGGUGUAACUAUCAGCGGAACGAGAGUAUUUGUCGGCGAUCUUUCCUGGAAACUUUCAGAUAAAGAGCUCAAAACAGAAUUUGAACAUUUUGGAAAUGUAAAUGAAGCACUAGUUAUUAGAGAUAAAAAUACUGGUCGAAGUAAAGGCUAUGGAUUCGUUUCUUUUGAGGAGCCGCAUUCCGCAUUAGAUGCAAUUAAAUCGAUGAAUGGUCGUUCCAUUGAUGGUCGCCCCAUACGUGUUGAGGCAGCUGAAGAACGGCCGAUCGAUGAUCGUUAUGAAGGUAAAAAAGAUCAUAUACAAGACUAUAGGCGGCUAAAUGACUAUCGCAGAGACAUGGAUCACGGACGGAAAAAUUAUUAUGAAUUACGUAACAGGAGAGAAAGGGAUAUCGAUUAUAGAAGUGAUCCUCAUUAUAGGCGAGAUAUUAAUCGUCGGUUCGAAAAAAGAGAUAUUGAUGAUCGGAGAGAAAAUGAAGCUCGUCGUGAGCCUGAAUACCGCAGAGACUUUGUUCGCAGGAGAGAUAAUGAAUUUGAUAAGCGUGAUAGGGAUAUUGAACGCCGAAGAGAAGAAUUUGAUAGUAAAAGGGAUAGAGGAAAUCCCUCAAUAGAGCCGCACGAAUUCGUGGCCACUGUUCAUGACGAAAAAGAUGAUGACAUUGGUAGUCAAACAAAUCGCAAACAUGAACAUGUUCAUUUACAUGAUUCCAAAUUAUCUGGGAGGAGUGAUAAUCCAUUCUAUGAUAGAGAUGUUUAUUCAGAGAAAGAAAAAGACAAAUCCAAAAAUAGUCGCAAACGAGCACGUUCAAACAGCAUACAACAAAGUGAUUCAUAUUAUUCUCAAUCUGAGGUUUUACACGCUGAUACAUCACCUCAUCCUUCUUUACCUCCGGCAAUAGCGUCCUCUCCAAAUCGUUCAGCACUUUCUGAACAUAUAGCAUCAGCGCGUCACGAACCUCGAUCCCCUCUUUUUUAUGACAUUCCGCCAUCAUCGUCAAGAAUGACACGAAAAGACUAUUAUAAUGAUAUUCAUUCUCAAGAAUUUGUAAGGAAAUGGGAUCAAGCUCGUGAUAGAGAACGAGACAGAGGAUUUGAUCGGGAGAGAGAUAGAGAACGCCUGACGGAAAGAGAUCGGGAAAGAGAAAGGCAGCAACAUUUGGAAAGAGAAAGGGAUAUUGAAAGAAGAGAAAGAGAAUUAAGGUUUGAAAGAGAACGAGAGCUGGCACGAGCGCGCGAUCAAACACGUUAUUUCGAACCGGAUAGGGAUUUACAUCGUACCCGAACGAGCUAUGAACACGGUAGAGAAACAGAUCGUGUUAGACCUCCAUUUUACAAUAGAGAAGAUUUAAGAGAUCGUGAUCGUGAUUUUGUUCGAUACCGGGAGGCUGAUUUGGACCCAUAUAUUCACCGUAACUCACCGCCUGGUCAUUCAACAUACAAAGAUAACUAUAAGCGUUUCAAUGAUUAUUAUUACCAUCAUCCUGCGACAUAUUCAUCAUCUCGUCGAUCAGUAUCUCCACGGUCACGUUAUUCAGCACGUCGUUCACUUUCUCCUGGUGUUAGACCACCGAUUACAACUCAUGAACGCCGAUAUGAGCGAGAUCGACCUCCUCGUUUUGAUGCAGUUCGUGGCCAUGAAUUUGAUUCUAGACGUGAUGUCGAUUAUAAUUAUCAUUAUAAUGAAGUGCACCAUCCUAGUUAUAAUCAUUAUGCUCCUAUGAUACAUAAUAGUCCGGCUCAUGUGAGACCAUAUGAUGAUAAUGUUAUUGGGGCUAGUGCAAAUGUUGUAACCAAUGAGACUUUCCAGCGAGAUCGUCCAAAGUCAAGAUAUUGGGGAGUCAAUAAUGAGAAAGAAAGGGAUACCAAAAGGAUUCAUAACAAUGCCAAUGAUGUAUAUUCUGAUAGCUACGAUCGUUUUAGACGUGAGAGACGCAAACCAUGGGAUAUUGUUGCUGACAAAAGCAGAGAAGAUGAAGAAGAGCAAAACGAAUCUAACAUAGCCACUGCUACUGUUUCAAACUGGGAUGUUAAAGAGGAAAAAACUAGAGAUGUUAAAUCAGAGCGCAAUAAUGGGAGCACUAUUUCAAAAGAUACUUAUGAACGUCAAAUUUCACGUGAAAGGUCUACUAAGUAUUGGGACAUGAAUGAGGACAAGAGUAGAGAGCUCGAGCGCAGUUCCACAGAAAGCCGUGAUCGUGAUAAUAGAGGCAACCAAGAACGAGGUGAAUUUGAGCAGGCAUUUCCUUCAUUAAAUAAUGAUCAUCCUUCUACCCCUGCACUUGAUUUCUUUCCUCCUAUUACUAUGCCAACGGAUUCUUCUUUCGCUCUUCAAUCGUCGCCAUCAAUUG